AUGGAGGUGGAUAAGAAGGAUGAGAGAGAGCCUGAAUCUUCGGAGCAAGUGGUGAAUCCAUGGGAAGUAUCCGCCAAAGACGGCGGGAAAAUCGACUACGAUAAGCUUAUUGACCAGUUUGGUUGCCAGAGGCUCGACGAGUCGCUGAUUGAUCGUGUUCAGAGACUGACUUCUCGUCAACCACAUGUAUUCCUCCGUCGCGGUGUCUUCUUCGCCCACAGGGAUUUCAAUGAGAUUUUGGAUGCGUAUGAGAGAGGAGACAAGUUCUAUCUCUACACUGGAAGAGGACCUUCAUCAGAAGCUUUGCAUUUGGGGCAUUUGAUUCCUUUUAUGUUUACUAAAUACUUGCAAGAAGCUUUCAAGGUACCUCUUGUUAUACAGCUUACGGAUGAUGAAAAAUGCAUGUGGAAGAACUUGACAGUGGAUGAAAGUCAAAGACUUGCCAGAGAAAAUGCGAAAGAUAUUAUUGCUUGCGGUUUCGAUAUCACAAAGACCUUCAUUUUCUCUGACUUUGACUAUGUUGGCGGUUCUUUCUAUAAAAAUAUGGUGAAGGUUGCAAAGUGUGUUACACUUAAUAAGGCUAUGGGAAUCUUUGGCUUUUCCGGUGAAGAUCAUAUUGGAAAACUCAGUUUCCCUCCUGUGCAGGCAGUUCCAUCUUUUCCUAGCUCGUUCCCACACUUGUUCCCUGGCAAGGACAAUCUCCGUUGUUUGAUUCCUUGUGCAAUUGAUCAGGAUCCAUACUUUAGAAUGACUCGAGAUGUUGCGCCGCGGUUAGGCUAUAGCAAGCCUGCUCUGAUUGAGUCCUCAUUUUUCCCUGCUCUGCAGGGAGAGAAUGGAAAAAUGUCUGCUAGUGAUCCAAAUUCCGCUAUCUAUGUGACUGAUACUGCAAAGGACAUUAAAAACAAGAUAAACAGAUAUGCGUUUAGUGGUGGACAAGACUCCAUCGAAAAGCACAGAGAACUCGGAGCAAAUCUGGAGGUAGACAUAUCAGUCAAAUAUCUGGGUUUCUUUCUAGAAGAUGAUACUGAACUCGAACACAUAAAGAAGGAAUAUGGAGAAGGAAGAAUGCUAACAGGAGAUGUAAAGAAGCGACUUACUGAAGUAUUGACAGAAAUGGUGGAGAGACACCGCAGGGCCCGAGCGGCUGUUACUGAUGAGAUGGUGGAUGCGUUCAUGGCCGUGAGACCUCUCCCAAACAUGUUCGAGUAA